AUGGCCUUACACCAACGACAAGCACGUCGAGCUGAUUCCAAACAUUCCACUGGUGUUCAGAACAAAUCAAAUAUGUUUAUAGCAAAGACCGCAUAUAGAAAACUAGAGAUUUUAUUUUAUGCUUGUGUAAAUCACAACGAAGUACGUCCUCGUCAAUCGAACGAACAAAAUUUCAUUCUGUCAUCUCAGCGAUGUGAGAAAGAUAGUAAUCAAUCUAAUCAAAUGGCGACAAAUCUAGAAAACAUUCCAACUUUUCUCCAUGGUAAUACAUCUUCAUCUGUUUUUGACAGCCCAUGUCCUAGUGUGGCAUCUGAUAAACAAGAUACGAUAAUUGUUCUCGACGACGAUGACAGUGACAUAGAAAUUGAUGAGAUAUCAAGUACGAAUGUGAAUGAAAGACAACGACAGUAUGCUGUGAAGAAGAAAAUGAACAAACUUAAUCUACACGAGCAGAUUAUCAUCGUCAAACCAAAUUUACCUGUGCGAGUCUGUCAAACAGCGAUACCUUAUCCAGAUCUUGAAGAUAUACAUAUUCUUACAGUUUAUAGUCCUCACUCAGCAAUACCUGAACAUGUGACCAAAAGACAAGUGUAUAUGAACGAACCAUGCUUGUUAUCAGAUAUUCCUAGUCGAUCACGUGUCUUUCAUCGCGCAACAUCGUUACUUGGUUUUGUCUUAGAAGCUGCAUGUGCGACAACGAAUAACCAUCGUUGUCUUGUUUUAUAUGAUGAUUUUACUGCUUGUUAUCAUUCCUCCUCGGAUCUACAUCUAUGCUUAUGUCAAGAUUUUCGUCGACACAUGUUAAAUAUUGAUUUUAAAGAGUUGCGCAGUCAUUAUCAGAAAGUAUUCAACGAUUCGCAGAACGCCACAAAAACAGUUCACGUAAUGAAUAGUGUUAUUCGCGUACGAAAGUUCGGUGGACAAUAUCAUAACGUUCGAGUCGUCGAUAUCGAUCAAUUAUUAAUUAAAAUCUGUUUUUUCGAACGAAAAUCGAAGAAAGAAAUGUGGAUUCAUUGCAAUUCGUUAAUUAUUGAGCAAUCUCAGCCAAAUACUCAGUCAUCAAUCGAACUAAUUCCUGUUGAUCCUCCAACACCCACUGAUGACAGUCUGGAUUCCGAUUUACCACGAUUGCGCAAACGAAAGACUGAUGAGAACAAUAAGAAUAGAAAAGAGAAAAAAAAACCAUUCGAUACGUGA